AUGGCUGAGACGAGCAUGAGAAUCAAUGCUUUGUACGAAGCCUCCGGGAAUGUGCUUUGGCUUCGAAGUGGUGCAUGGGCCAGCAACCAGCGCGCAGCAGCAGAUGAGCAAGACCCUGGUCAGAUCUCGCUGAGUUGCCUUCAGAAGUUUGUUGCCGCUUUCUUCUCCAUGAAAGCAGCAUUGAAAACUGGAGUCCAGCGAGGCCAGAAGAAGCAGAAAAUCCACAAAAAUCGGCUUCUGUGGCCUGUGACCAUGGUGGCGGGCACAAGCGAUGCCAAGAAGAUGCGCACACCGCCCUUUGACGGUACCAUGAGCCUGGCUGGUGGCCACUUCGUUGUCUGGAGCUGGUACCUUGCUGUCUUCGAGGCAAUGAAGAAGAAGGCGCCCGCAGCAAUAUUUCUUUUUGACACCGCUGCCCUGACAAUGCUGUGGGAGGCAGGGCUGACUGUGAGCAUCCAGCUGAGACAAAUCAACAAUUCAGCCGAGUGGGCAUUGGCUAGAAACCUCGGGUCGGAGAUGACGCGCGCGCAAGGUGACCCAACGCUGGCGGACACGUUCCUGAUGUUUGCAAAGCAGACCAUGAUCCUUUCAGUUGACACUGUUGCAGACGGCUUGAAGCUGGAUCUUCGCUUUCAAGGCAGCGACUACAACCCCAGCAUGCACAAGGCGGCCAGCAACAUCCUAGCCCUCAUGUCAGGAGGCAGUUCCCCGUUUGAGGCUGCAAUGCAACGCCUGGAGUUGGCAUAUGGCCGUGAGCUCCUGUCAAAUGCCUAUUCGAAACUGACCCGCCUGGCAAGCUUGGCAAAGUCAGUUGCUGGUGGCAGCCCUUCGGAGAUUGCAGCUUGGCUGGUCGAUCAGCUCCACCUGGCCUUGAAGGUGAAGAUCAUUGCACCUCAGAAGACUGUGGAGUCCUGGUUGGACAGGGACAGGAAGCACAACGUCAUGGGAUUUUGGCCUUCGGCCUUGGUCGUCAGAGAGGUUUUUGACCUGGCUUCGCAGCUGGUGCAGAAGCUCCCUGAGACUGAGGCCAAGGAGGCUCAGAAUGCUGUGAAGGAGAUCCUCAACCCACUCAAGUGCUAUGAGAUCUACUUGAAUGCUGAGUCUGAGGCCAGCGGCAUUGUGACGGAGGACAAUGACGAGGAAUUGGAUGCCCCGGAGGUGGAGGAGACAGCCUUGGGGAAGCUCAAAAGCAAGUUCAACAAGGCUACCGGCGACUUGCUUGAGCUUCUCAUAAACUUGCAGAGUGCAAAGCACCUGAAGUCGUGCAAGGCCAUGGCAGCAGAGGACAAGACGGUGGCCAAGCAGAUCCAGGAAUGCCAGGAGUGGCAAAGGAGCAACAAAAAGGAGGGCUCCGAGGAGGGCCCGUGUGAGCUCCUGAGGCAGCUCACCUGCGUUGUGCAGAGUUUUGAGGUGGGCGCCACGGUGACUGCUAGUGCAGCUGCCCCAGCCCCAUCCUUGAUCGCUGCUUUGGGUGGAGCGGCUGCCAAUGAGAAUGAGGAGAACAUGGCUGCUGAGCGCGACCGCGUGUGGAAGUUGGUCCAGGCAGAGCGAAAGAAGUACAUCAGCUUCAGCAUCCCAAGAGACUUCACGAAGGACAAGCUGAGCGAUGCUUUCCGAGCAGCCUCCAAGGUCUACAAUUUCAGCGGUUCCCUGAACAUGAGCCACAGACUCGUCAUGGGCUCUGCUGACCUAUUACAUGAAUUUUCAGAGGAGCCGUGGGCCAACGCGAGCAAGCCGGCCGACGAGGUCUUUCAGGGAGUGGCCGACUUCUUGGCGGGCUUGACAGGCUCCACCGACUUCGCUUUCGCGUUCGAUGGGAGAAUGCGUGAGUGUCGCCGGAUCUUGGUAGAAAGUGCUGCAAUUCGGUUGCCACAGCCUCGCAGCCGAGUGAAAGUCAAAAAGCGUGAGGCCUUCAACUCCUGUGGCGAGCACACCACUUAUCAGAGUACGUACAGCGGAGUGCGAUUUCGCUCGAGCAGUGAGCUGCCCCUGAUCCAGCUUGCUUUGAAGCGGAAGAUAUUGGGGAACGAGGCCCCAAUUGCUCCGGAGGGCUGGCGUGAUAGAUUUGGCGAUGAUAGCGUGCCAUUGUUUUGGCAGGAGAGCAAAGGGAUCAGCUUCUGGAACAGUCUGCUUGACGACUGGCGUGCCGGAGCCAUAUUCGAUUGUUCUCCUGGAAGUGGCGCAUUGAUGGAGUCGGCGUUGGGGAACAGGGAGCACAUGAGUUGGCUCCAAGCGGUCGCAGAUCGCGCCGCGGCCGGCAUGAUAACGGUUGAGGGCUCCACCUUGUUCAACGCUGACUUGGCAGCCCAAGUGAAGAAGCUGCCUCUAGAUUGUCAUGGAGAACAAUUUUCUGUGUUUGGCUGA